AUGGCAGUUAAACCCAAAAAACCUCCUUAGUUUAGGAAAUGUCAAACUCACUGAACAGAUGGAUUUUGACAAAGUCAUGAAAGUGAUGUCUCCCAGAAUCAUCUAUUAUCUUUGAUAUUUUACAUGUUAACUCAAGAUUCUCAUAUCUUGCAUCUUUUAAAACUAUCACUCACAAAAAACUGCUGAUCGGAAGAAAAGAAAAACAUGCAUCAAGAAAGAGCCAUUCUAGUAUCUGUGUUAAUCUUUCUGAUUUUCCGGUUUUGCACUUGUAUCGACACCAUCACACUCACUCGACCGCUUAAAGAUGGGGAUAUAUUGGUCUCUAAUGGAGAAACUUUUGCUCUUGGAUUCUUUAGCCCCGCAAAUUCCAGCAACAGAUACGUUGGUAUCUGGUAUAACAAGGUUUCCGAGCAAACUGUAGUUUGGGUUGCCAAUAGAGACCGUCCGAUCACAAACUCAUCCGGUAUCCUAUCCAUAGAUGAAACCGGGAACCUAGUCCUUCACGAAAAAGAUCAAAGCUUUGUGUUUUGGUCAACCAACGUGUCCAGAGUGGUGAAUGAUGUUUUUUCAGCUCAGUUGUUGGACUCAGGGAAUUUGGUGUUGUUUCAAGGCCUAGUAAACAAAGAGGUUUAUUCAUGGCAAAGCUUUGAUCACCCUUCGAAUACUCUUCUUCCGGGUAUGAAGUUUGGGUUAGACAGGAAAACGGGUUUGAAUAGGGUGGUUACAUCUUGGAAAUCUAGUGGUGAUCCGGGUGUGGGCGAUUAUUCAUAUAAAAUGGAGUUUGUUGGGCCAACUCAGUUGUUCCUAUACAAAGGUAUGACACGAAUUUGGCGGACCGGGUCAUGGACGGGGCACGGAUGGAGCGGUGUACCUGCGAUGACGCAGAAUUUCAUCUUUAACGUGACUUACAUAAACAACAAUGAUGAGGUGGCAGUUGUUUACCUUAUACGCAACUCGUCCAUCUUGUCCAGAUUAACGGUUAACGAGUCUGGAACUGUGGAGAGGCUAACUUGGCACGGGCCAGAUAAGAGGUGGAUCGGGUUCUGGUCGGCUCCAAAAGAGCAGUGUGAUGCCUAUAACCAUUGUGGUCCUUUUGGCUUUUGUGAUCCGUAUAAAUCUGGCACUUUUGAGUGUGAUUGCCUUCCAGGAUAUGAGCCACAGUCUCCACAGGACUGGUACCUAAGGGACGGUUCCAAAGGUUGUAAGAGAAAGGCCGGGACACAGAUGUGCGAAAUCGGAGAUGGGUUCGUUGAGUUGGCUCGUGCUAAGGUUCCCGACACAUCGACAGCACGUGUGAACAUGAGCUUGGGAUUAGAAGCAUGUAAAGAGUUGUGCUUGAGGAAUUGCACAUGCAUGGGGUACGCAAGUGCCGAUAUCAGUAAAGGAGCUGCUGAGGGUGGUUGUAUUACGUGGUAUGGGAACAUGAUUGAUGCAAGGACUUUUCCAGAUGGGGGCCAAUCGUUUUAUACACGGGUUGAUGCCACUGAAUUAGCCAAGUACUCGUCACAGAGGCUAAAGAAAUCGCAUAACAAUCGAUUUCUAGUCAUCGGGGUGCCGAUCAUUGCAGCAGGGUUUUUCUUCUUGUGUGCCUUCAUUUGUUAUUACAUAUGGAAGAUAAGAGGCAAACUAAAUGAAGGCAAAGCUCGGUUCAAUUUCAUGAAUAGCUUGAAAUCUUCAGAGGGGUGUUUGACAGAUAAGGACAUUGGCGAAAAUGUUGAUAUACAUGUUUUUGAUUUUAGCAAAAUACUUGUAGCAACUGAUAAUUUUUCUCCUUCAAACAAGGUCGGAGAAGGUGGCUUUGGCUCUGUUUAUAAGGGUAAGCUACUAAAUGGGCAAGAAAUUGCUGUGAAAAGAUUAUCGCAAAGUUCUGGUCAAGGGAUGCAAGAAUUCAAGAACGAAGUGACGUUGAUUGCCAAACUUCAACACAGGAACCUAGUCCGGCUUUUGGGAUAUUGUUUCCGUAAGGAAGAAAAAAUGUUAGUUUACGAAUACUUACCAAAUAAAGGCUUGGAUUCUUUCAUCUUCGAUCAAGAAAAGGCUUCUCUUUUAGAUUGGAAGAAACGACUCCAGAUCAUUCAAGGAAUUGUUCGUGGACUGCUAUAUCUUCAUCAUGAUUCUAGGCUCAAGAUCAUCCAUAGGGAUCUAAAAGCAAGCAAUGUUUUGUUAGAUACAAAUUUAAACCCUAAAAUUUCUGAUUUUGGAAUGGCAAAAAUCUUUGGAGGGGAAGAAGACGAAGCUAAAACACGUAGAGUAGUCGGAACAUAUGGUUAUAUGUCUCCCGAAUAUGCGAUGGAAGGCCUCUUUUCAGUAAAAUCUGAUGUUUUUAGCUUUGGAAUUCUACUUCUGGAGAUGAUAAGUGGGAGGAAAAACAACAGCUACUAUAAGGACAAUUCGGUUAAUUUGAUCGGACAUGUUUGGGACUUAUGGAAACAAGAUAAAGCAUUGAUGGUAGUUGACUCGUCUUUAGGAGAUUCAUAUGAUGCCCAUGAGGUCCUUUUAUGUAUCCAUAUCGGGAUUUUGUGCGUUCAAGAAUUGGCUAGUGAUCGGCCUACAAUGACUGACGUAGCUUUUAUGUUGAGUAAUCGUGAAACAAUGCUUCCGCCUCCUAAUCAACCAGCAUUCAUCUUUAGACAAUUGAAGUAUGGUAUGGACUCAAAAUCAGCAUCCGCUAGUGGCGGUGAUGGCUCCGUAUUCGAUGACACCAUCACCAUCCUUCAUCCUCGGUAAGUUUAUAAUCUCUACACUUUUAAAACCAAGUGGAAUGUAAAACUCUAGAUCAUGUCCCGUUUUCUUUAACGUCGUGAAUGAAGUUGUGUACUCUAUAAGUAGUCGUUCCAGAUAGUAUACUCCAAAAAUGUCUUGAACAAGUAAACUUGUAAGAUAUAUACGGUCAAGCCUUGCUAUCAUCACCAUCCAAAUAGGUAAAUUUGAUGGUAGCUUAAUUUGGAUUUGCAUGUAUAAAUUAUAUAAGUUAUUGAGUAAUUACACAUACAAUGCUACAA